CAGGUCCUGGGUUUGUUUGAUCCUGUUUCACUGAAACAAAAUGGACAACAAACAAAAGUAUGUCCUUUUGCCUACAGUUUUUGAAUGAAUACUUAGUAAUAAUUCAUGUUGAUUAUUAUAGGUCUAAGUCCUGAAGAAUAGCAGUGUAGCAAUCAGAAAGCUUAAAUUUCUAGGAACAUCCCCUUUACAUAUAUUCUGUGUGCAAAUGACAUCUGCCUGCUUUCUUACACAAUAUUGAUCUUUCAGGUUAACCAUUCAGCAGUAUAAUAUGCUUUUGGGAGCCUUCCUAUUAUGAGUACUAGUGGGUGUAGAUUUUUUUUCUCUUGUUCUUUCCUUUUGUCUUAGUUAUAAUUUUCAAGCAUCUGCAGAGCAGAGAGAAUAAUGCAGUGAACUCCAGUGUACCAAUCAUGAACUUGAGCAAUUACCCACCCUCAUAUCGGGUAUUCUUGUUCCAUUGUUUCUUUCCCCAGCAUAUACGGUUAUUUAGAAUUUCAUGUUUGUCUACAUUUACUUUAUUUUCUGAAAUAUUUAAAAGUAAAUUCUAGAUAACUUGUCAUUUCAUCACAAGCACUUUAACACGUAUUUCUAACUGGCACCAUUCCAUUUGCAUUCUUGACAAAAUUAGGAAUAAUUCCUUAAUACAGAUAUUAUUUAUUGAAGCUAGAAAAUUUGUUACAAAUAUCUAGUUACAAACUAGUUACAAAUACUAUAAAUAUCUAAUUUUUAUUACAAUUAGAAAAAUAAGAAAAAAUACUGUGUAGUUGUGUUUGGCUGCUAUUUUGAACCUUCAGAUUGCAUGCACUACUUGGAUUUCAGCACCAGGAGUAUGGUAGUUGCCGGGCAGGGGCUCUGUUGUCGUUAGGAUUCGCAUUUGAGUGGCAGGAGCAUGUGACUGCUAUGCAAGGAGUUAUUUUUGAUAUCUGGGUGUUGGCUUCUCUUCAGAAAUCAUAGCAAGUUAGUGUGAGACGUAAUUGUAGAGUCUCAGAAAAGGACAAGCAUUGUAAUGUGAGUUUUUGAACUUGCAAACAUGGGUUGUUGCUUCAGCAAAGAAUUAAGUGACAAUGAGAAAAUGGGCCUGUUACAAAAAUCUGUGGAGAAGAAGGAGUCGGAAAACAAGAUAAGUAAAACUUUAUCUUCAUUAUUUGAUACCCUUGAAGGUGAGGAGCUUCACAGUGUUGAGAAUGGGACCAGCAGAGCAGCUGCUGGUGUGAAUAUGUGGACUAGAAUUUUUACAAGGCCUGGGCACAAACAAGAUUAUGGACGAAAGCAGUCAUUGAAUUUUGUUUCCUCUUCAACAUCUAAGUUGUUCAAUAGAUAUGGCAGUUUAGGUGAAAGUGACAGGAAUUCAGAUAGUUCUGUUCUUGAGCAGAAUUCCGAGAGUGUCGGUGGCACGAAUGGUGACAGACAGGCUUAUUCUGAAGAGGACCGGUCUCUCUCCCGUGUGCCGGUAUGUUCUCACCAGGCCCCUCCGAGCUGUUACACGGCCACUUGUAACAACUCUUUAAUAGAGAAAGAAAGCGUGGUAAAUGCUCAGAUCAGUAGUUUUAAUGAUGAUAACUCUUUCGAUGCAUCCACUCGGGAGUUGCAAGAUGAAAGCCCGAUUUAUGUGGGUAACCAACAAUGUAAGAAAUCACGAGAGAGCACCUUUUAUAGCAUUUGUGUUAUAGACCCCGAGUGCCUGACUGUGGAGGAAGGACUGCACCCUCCCAUCCACGGAGCAGCUGCAGGAGAAGAAUGUCAUUCAGCUGUUACCUCUGAAGUUUGCGGUGUGGACUGGCCUGUAGAUAGCGGGAAGGAAUGUGCAGUCUCUCAGGCCUUCUCAGCAGCAGCAGCGCCAAAGUUGCAGCAGAAUAAACCGUCACCUCCACACAUGUUGGACCCAACUGAAACAGAAGUAGUCAGUGAAAAACCUGAACCUAAUUCUGAGCUUUUAAUUGACAGUAAUCCGUUUUGUGAAGCAAACAUUGAUAACUUGCAAGCUGAGUCCUUAAAGGCAGAAGCUUAUACCAAAUUUCCUAAAGAUUACACAGAAAGUAGUACAUUGCAUAAUAUUGGCCUACUCCCUGAGUUAACUGUUAACACCACUAGUGACUCACUAAAACGUGUGUGUGCUGUUACCAGAGGAAGGGUAAGCCAUGCUUCUGGGAUAGGAAGUCAGAUAGAUGAUUCACCUGCUCCUUUACCUAGUGACGCUUCAUGUGUUAAGGAGAAUGAUGAAACUGAAGCUGUGUCAGUAAACUCUAAGAGAGAAGGAGAAAAUAGCCCUACAAAACCAAUGCAAAACAAGGAUGAUUUCCACCACAAUGUUAUCCUUUCCUUUGGUCUAGAUAGGAUUGAUUUAAACCCCAAAAGAUAUAACUCUUCAGAGAGUUUCGGAGACGAUUGUCAUGCUCAUUUCGGAGAGGUCACCCUGAGCAGACUUGAUCCUGCACCCCUGUCAGGGCUGGCUCUAACAAAGGAACAACUCUCAGGGGAUGGCAGCCUGGAAACCGAAAGUGCCCAGCUGGCACACAGAGGUAAACUAUCCUUCCAGCAGCCUGAAAAUUGUUCUUCUUGCCAAGAUGAAGACAGAAUGAGCAUUUUAGAGGCUGAGGAUCAUAGCAAGAGGGCGGCUGAGUUGAAAUCUUGGUGUCACGAAGAUCCAUGUGUAGAUAGUGGGACAGACAAGGCUCAGACACAGGCUUGUGAUUUAACUCAUGUGGAAUGUAAAUCAGACACUACUAAAGGGGUGGGCCAGAAGGUAGACACCGCAAAACUUGAAAUUUCACAAGCACUGUCGCCAGAUAACAAGUCUCAUGAUCAUUCCAGAUCUCAUCCGGGUAUCUUUACAUCUUCUUCUGUUUUCGUCUAUAACGGUAAAGAAGAAAGAGAAAUAGACCAGAGUGAAGAAAUAGAAGAUGAAACAUGUGUGAAGAGUCCGAUCAUUGUGUUACAUGACCAACUCAGUGGUCCUCAUAAGUUGGAAAAUGCUGGAAAGGAAUCACAAAUAGCUAAUUACAGAAAGAUAAGUAAAGAGGACAUAGAAAACAUCAAGUCAGAUUCUGCAAAAACCUUUCACUGGGAAACACCUUGUAUUAGUUCAAGCAUAACAAGUCCUGAUUUUGAAACUAGCCAAAUAGAAAAUAAUUAUGAAGAACAUGAAAUGAAUAACUACAAAGAUAAAGAUCUUAAAAGUAUACUACCUUUAAGCCAAAGUUCAAUUUCAUUUAUACAGAAGUCAGAAAUAGUAGAGAACUAUAUUAAUAAUGGUGAAAACACAAAACCGAAGCCAGAGAUUUCUGGUACCUUUGAUAAUAAUGCAUCAGAAUUGAGUAAAGCAAAACUAACGUGUAAAGACGAGAUCAGUCCUAACAGCUGCUUAUGUCCAUGUGGGACAAGUGGACAGGCGUCCCAUUUCAGAGAGAGAAAUGCCAGGUCUGCUGUGGAAGAGUCUACUUUAAAUGGUGAAAUGCAUUUUGUGGGAAAUCCAGAAAUGACUGUUGAAAAUCUAGAGCUAUGCAGCAUUUCUAAUGGGCUUCCUUGUUUGGUUGAUGUUGAUCCAGUCACUCUUGACGAUGCAUCCCAGUUAAUUCCUGCCAUUCCAGUUGAGAGCAAAGAAAUUAUAGUAUCAAAUAAUGACCAUGUUGCUUUGCUCACAGAAGAUAUCCCAACUAUAUCGGAAAAGCCUUCAGAAGUGGAUUGUCAGAGUUUUCCAGAGGAUUUCUCCCAGUUUUCGAAUGAAUAUUCCUAUUACCAGACAGGAGGGUUAGCAACUCAGAUUCUGUUUCCUGAAGGACUGCCUGAAGGUUGUGGUAGCCAUCCAGUGGGCUCUCUGUGGACUCACACAAUCACAAACGAUGUGUUGGAAGAUGAGCAGAUGCUUAGUCAGGAUCUUUACCAUAAGCCACAAGUCUUAGAAAGCACUUCAUUUUCGUUGGAGCAGAACCCUUAUCAGCUGCCAGUGUCAGAAGAUGGUGUUGUGUGGGGAUGGCAAAGCAGAGGUGGACAGUUAGUUGCAACAACUAAGGUUUCAGAGCUAAAUCCUAAUGCAAAAGUAUGGGGGACUCCUAUGUUACACUUGGAAGCGAGUAAUGCAGCCGUUGGUGUGAGUGCCGCCUGGGAGGAAGUCCCCAGCCAGCAUGCAGACUGCGGCCAGCAAGGAUUGGAUGCCAAUGGAGAUGGAGACAAAAGCCAUGAGAAUGCAGCCUUACCAGACUUACAGGAGUCCACUCAGACAGACAUGAAUGCUUUGGCUCUGGAGCACUCAGAAUAUGAACCUCUGCCUGAAAAUAGUGAAACAGGAGGAAAUGAGUCUCAACCAGAAAGUCAAGAAGAAGACCCUCGAGAAGUUCUUAAGAAAACAUUGGAAUUCUGCUUAUCUAGGGAGAAUCUUGCUAGUGACAUGUAUCUUAUAUCACAGAUGGAUAGUGAUCAAUAUGUGCCAAUUACCACGGUAGCUAACCUUGACCAUAUCAAGAAACUCAGUACUGAUGUGGAUUUGAUUGUUGAAGUGCUAAGAUCUUUACCUUUAGUCCAAGUGGAUGAAAAGGGGGAAAAAGUAAGGCCAAAUCAAAACCGCUGUAUCGUGAUACUGCGUGAAAUAUCGGAAUCUACCCCUGUAGAAGAAGUAGAAGCACUAUUUAAAGGAGAUAAUUUACCAAAAUUUAUAAACUGUGAAUUUGCCUAUAAUGACAAUUGGUUCAUUACAUUUGAAACAGAAGCUGAUGCACAACAGGCUUACAAGUAUCUGCGAGAAGAAGUCAAAACUUUUCAAGGAAAACCAAUUAAGGCACGGAUAAAAGCAAAGGCAAUAGCUAUAAACACAUUUUUGCCAAAGAAUGGAUUUAGACCCCUGGACAUGAGCCUUCAUACACAUCAGCGUUAUACAGCAUCGUUUUAUUUACCUCCAGUAUACAGUCCCCAGCAGCAGUUUCCUCUGUACAGCCUGAUUACCCCCCAGACCUGGUCAGCAACACAGAGUUACCUUGAUCCUCCCUUGGUAACUCCAUUUCCAAGUACUGGAUUUAUAAAUGGGUUUACAUCACCAACCUUCAAACCUACAACUUCCCCUCUGACAUCGCUCAGACAGUACCCUCCUAGAAGCAGGAAUCCUAGUAAAUCUCAUCUGCGCCAUGCGAUUCCCAGUGCAGAGAGAGGGCCGGGACUACUAGAGAGUCCUUCCAUAUUUAACUUCACUGCAGAUCGAUUAAUUAAUGGUGUCCGGAGUCCACAAACGAGGCAAGCAGGGCAAGCUAGAACACGAACACAAAACCCUUCCACUUAUACCAAGAGAGAGGUUGGAACUGGGCGUGUGGAACCAAGUAGUCUUGAAUCCUCUCCUGGUUUAGGAAGGGGAAGGAAAAAUUCAUUUGGGUAUCGGAAAAAAAGAGAAGAGAAGUUUACAAGCAGCCAGACUCAGUCUCCGACUCCACCAAAGCCACCGUCUCCAAGCUUCGAACUCGGGUUGUCUAACUUUCCUCCAUUACCUGGAGCGGCAGGCAAUUUGAAGACAGAGGACUUGUUUGAAAACAGGCUAUCUAGUUUAAUAGGAUCAGCAAAAGAACGAAGCCUCAGUACAGAUGCAAGUACAAACACCAUUCCUACUGUGGUCCCCAGAGAGCCCUCUAUGCCAGCUUCCUGUGCUGUGUCAGCAGUGUACGAACGAGCCCCAUCCCCCACCCGUUUGCCUGAGGACACCAAGGCAGUAGAAAAGCAAAAGGAAACACACAGUGUGGACAGACUCCCUCCCACCCUCACUACGACUGCGUGUAAAUCAGUGCAGGUGAAUGGAGCCGCCACAGAGCUGCGAAAGCCCAGCUAUGCGGAGAUCUGUCAGAGGACGAGUAAAGAGCCUCCUUCCUCCCCCUUGCAGCCCCCCAAAGAACAGAAGCCCAACACUGUCAGUUGUGGGAAGGAGGAGAAGAAGCCGGCCGAGCCCGGGGAGAGAUACCGGGAGCCCCCCGGCCUCAAGCCCGCCACCCCCGGAGCCCCCCGCGAUCCGAGGCGGCAGCCUGGGCGGCGGCCCUCUCCCCCGGCGGCCGCGGCGGCGGCGGGGAAGCGCCCCCACCGAGAACAGAACACUCCCCCCAAGUCUCCCCAGUGAGGCGCAGGUGCCCGCGGGAGGGGCCGGCGGCGCACGGC